AUGGCAACUUCCACACCGUCUACUGGUGACAACAAGCGCACAAUGCCUGCAACCUCCAAUCUACGCCACUCCCAGUCAGCGCGGCCAUCAUCCCCUCACACACCUCAGCAGCAACCGCGAUCGGGCAAUGCGUCGUUCGCCAGCUCCACGUCGCCGGGCUCGUCUUUCCGGAACGAAGACGACGCGAUAAUUUUCGAGAUAGGCACCCGUUGGAUUCGGGCGGGAUUUGAGGGCAAUGGCAGUCCAGCUUGUACUGUGGGGUUUGGGCCUGAAGAAAUGCGACGUGUUGGAGACUACCGCGGUUGGAUUCAGGGAGCUUCUGGCGUUGGACCACUACCACGACCUGUCAAUGCGGAAGACUGGGUACGGGAUUACGAGCUGUGGAGGCACGAUCUACGUGACCUUGACCUAGGUCUGGUCGAGGACAAAAUAGAACGCGCUUUGCGCGAAACCUACAACCAGCACCUGUUGACCGACGCAGGCACCUCCCGUCUCGUCCUGGCCCUUCCAUCGCUCAUGCCGCACCCGUUACUAUCCUCUUUGCUUUCUGCGCUGUUCAGUCGCUGGCGCUUUCCGAGUGUUACCCUUCUAUCGAGCGCAACCAUGUCUGCAACCGCGGCGGGCCUGCGGUCUGCCUUGGUCGUAGACAUUGGCUGGGCCGAGACCACCACAACAGCCAUCUACGAGUACCGGGAGGUCACGACAAAGCGGAGUACAAGGGCCACGAAGCUUCUUAUGCAGGAGAUGGGCCGAAUUUUGACUGUUCUGGGCUCCGAUAAAGCCCCAGAGGAAGCAGUUAAAGACGAGAUCUCCGUGGGAUUCACAUAUUGCGAGGAGGUUACGACUCGUUUCGCUUGGUGUAACCCGCAGGUAGAGGCCGGCGGAGCGGUGUCCGGACCAGACCGAACCAUCUCAAUUCCGUCUCCGAACAACCCAGACAAAGACUUUUGUGACAUCCCAUUUGCCCAGCUUUCGGAGCCUGUUGAGAAGGUCAUGUUUGCGCCAGGAGUAACCGAGUGUGAAAUGGACGACGAAGAGAAAUCGAUACCUGUGCUUGUCUACAACACUCUUCUUACUCUGCCUCCUGAUGCCCGCGGUACAUGCAUGUCACGCAUCGUAUUUGUGGGUGGCGGUUCUCGAAUUCCAGGACUACGACAACGGAUUCUCAAUGAAGUGUCAUUGCUGAUUGAUCAGCAUGGCUGGAGCCCAAUUCGAGGCAAAGUCCUGGAGCGUCAACGAGAGCGACUGGAGCGAAUGAAGAUCUCAUCUCAAACCAACGAAGAAGCACAGCCGACCAACAAGAGCUCUGCGCCUUCCCAUGAUGAAGGAGAGAAGCCAGAUCCGUCUCGAGAAGAACCAGAGAUUGAUUUCGUUGAACAGAAACUUCGCCGCCAAAACAAGGACACAUCCGUUCCCGUCCAGGGUGUUCUUCGAGAAGUCGAAUCUCUCGGUGCAUGGGCUGGCGCCAGCUUAGUGACAAGCUUGAAGAUCCGAGGAAUGGUUGAGAUUGAGCGAGAGAAGUUCUUGCAGCACGGGCUGGCUGGGGCGACUCGAGAAUCAGAGCCACCUGUUCCUGAUCGCCGAUCCGGUCUGAGAGCCGGUGACCGAUCCAGCUGGACCCUGGCUGGCUGGGCAUGA